UAUCUCAUGCACCCAGGCACAACUUUUCCAGAUUUAAAGAAAAAGAAAAAAGAAAUAAAAGAAAAAAAGCUCUGUCUCUACACCUCCAUUCCCAGGGAGAGCUCCCUCUCUGGCACCAAGCUCCCUGGGGUGAGUUUUCUUCUAGAAGAGUCCAGGGGAACAGGUAAGCAGUGGCGAAGCAGGUAGUCCAUUUCAGGGACAGGAAUUCCCGGAUGAAAAGUGAAGGGAGAGAGACGGGGCCCAAGCCGAGGGUUUCUUCCUGGUUUCUCGGACAGCUCCUGGGCCAAGACUCAGGGGACAUUGAGACAGAGCGUUUGUCACAGGAGGAGCGGGGUCAGGGCGAAGUCCCAGAGCCCCAGGCAUGGCUCUCAGGGUCUCAGGCCCCGAAGGCGGUGCAUGGGCUGGGGAGGUGCAGCGUUGGGGAUUCCCCAUCUCCGCAGAGUUUCUCUUCUCCCUCUCCCAGCCUGCGACGGGUCCUUCUUCCUGGACACUCACGACGCGGACCCAGUUCUCACUCCCACUGAGUGUCGGGUUUCUAGGGAAGCCAAUCCGUCGCGCGGCCCCGGUUCUAAAGUCCCCACGCACCCACCGGGACUCGGAGUCUCCCCAGACGCCGACGAUGGGGUCAUGGCGCCCCGAACCCUCCUCCUGCUGCUCUCGGGGACCCUGGCCCUGGCCGAGACCUGGGCGGGCUCCCACUCCAUGAGGUAUUUCAGCACCGCCGUUUCCCGACCCGGCCGCGGGGAGCCCCGCUUCAUUGCCGUGGGCUACGUGGACGACACGCAGUUCGUGCGGGUCGACAGUGACGCCGUGAGUCUGAGGAUGAAGACGCGGGCGCGGUGGGUGGAGCAGGAGGGGCCGGAGUAUUGGGACCUACAGACACUGGGCGCCAAGGCCCAGGCACAGACUGACCGACUGAACCUGCGGACCCUGCUCCGCUACUACAACCAGAGCGAGGCGGCGUAUCACAUCCUCCAGGGAAUGUUUGGCUGCGACCUGGGGCCCGACGGGCGUCUCCUCCGCGGGUAUGAGCAGUAUGCCUACGACGGCAAGGAUUACAUCGCCCUGAACGAGGACCUGCGCUCCUGGACCGCCGCGGAUACCGCGGCUCAGAUCACCCAGCGCAAGUUAGAGGCGGCUAAUGUGGCUGAGCAAAGGAGAGCCUACCUGGAGGGCACCUGCACGGAGUGGCUCCGCAGACACCUGGAGAACGGGAAGGAGACGCUGCAGCGCGCGGACCCCCCCAAGACACAUGUGACCCACCACCCUGUCUCUGAACAUGAGGUAAUGAGGUGCUGGGUUCUGGGCUUCUACCUUGCGGAGAUCACAUUGACCUGGCAGCGGGAUGGGGAGGACCAGACCCAGGACAUGGAGCUCGUGGAGACCAGGCCCGCAGGGGAUGGAACCUUCCAGAAGUGGGCGGUUGUGGUAGUGCCUUCUGGAGAGGAACAGAGAUACACAUGCCAUGUGCAGCACAAGGGGCUGCCCAAGCCCCUCAUCCUGAGAUGGGAGCCCUCUCCCCAGCCCACCAUCCCCAUUGUGGAUAUCAUUGCUGGCCUGGUUCUCCUUGGAGCUGUGGUCACUGGAGCUGUGGUCACUGCUGUGAUGUGGAGGAAGAAGAGCUCAGAUAGAAAAGGAGGGAGCUACUCUCAGGCUGCAAGCAGCCAAAGUGCCCAGGGCUCUGAUGUGUCUCUCACGGCUUGUAAAGUGUGAGACAGCUGCCUUGUGUGGGACUGAGAGGCAAGAUUUGUUCAUGCCUUCCCUUUGUGACUUCAAGAACCCUGACUUCUCUUUCUGCAAGGGCAUCUGAAUGUGUCUGUGUCCCUAUAGGCAUAAUGUGAGGUGGUGGGGAGACCAGCCCACACCCGUGUCCACCAUGACCCUCUUCCCCACACUGACCUACAUUCCUUCCCUGAUCACCUUUCCUGUUCCAGAGAAGUGGUGCUGGGAUGUCUCCAUCUCUGUCUCAACUUCAUGGUGCACUGAGCUGUAACUUCUUACUUCCCUAUUAAAAUUAGAAUCUGAGUAUAAA